CAUCACCACAUCGAUUCUCUCAAACACUCAUCUCCAACCACAAGGCCUCAAUCGACGAUACCACGACUCUUCAAACGGUCAGCUACACUUAUCGCUCAUAAUCACCAAUAUCUCCGAGACAGCAAGAGUUCCAAAAUACCCAUGAACAAGAUCUAAACCACAUCCCACACACCAACCCCGAAAUGGCCUCCUCCCUCGCCCCGAAACCGCGGCCGAGGCCGGCGCACACAACAGGAACAACCCGUCUCGCCUACACGCCCUCAGGCGCCCGCCUCGUCACCGUCGGCUCCAACAACACGAUCCGCCUCUACCGCACUCAUCACGAUGGCGAGCCCUUCAACAUAGACGACUGCCCCGAGCAGAACUGCGCCGUCGCCGCAUCUGACGCCUUCUUCGUGGUCGGCUCAGAGGACGGCACCGUCAGCGUCUACUCGGUCGAGGACACUACUUUCGAGCGCUUCCUCACGCGCACCUCUCUACCAGUCCGAGACGUCGCUCUCUCCCCCGACGCAAAGUGGUGUGCCGUCGCCAGCGACGAGCUCACGGUCAAGGUCGUCGAUACCCAGGAUAACUCUCGCAUCCGCGUUCUCAAGGACCACGGGCGCCCGACAAAGCACCUAGCAUUUGACCCCAAAGGCGGGCUCUUGGCGCUGGCGUGCACAGAUGGAGUCAUCUACGUUUACUCCAUGACGGCAGAGACGCCGGAGCUGAUCCGCAAGGUGGACGGCAUCAUUGGACCUGUCGACCCCGAAUCCGAGAACUCGGCCAAAAUUGUGUGGCAUCCCGACGGACGGGCAUUUGCGGUGCCUACUCCCAUGCACGAUGUUCAGGUCGUGUCCAAGAACGAUUGGGAAAAGCAGCGGACAUUUGCCAAUGGGCAUUUGGGCGAUGUCACAGCGGUUGCGUGGUCGCCCAACGGCGCGAUGCUGGCGACGGCAGGCAAGGACGGGAAGCUCUUGAUCUGGGAGACAAAGACACAGAGCGUGAUUCAAAAGUUUGACUAUAGCAACGUCAUUGAUAUCACAUGGCAUCCCAAGGACAAUCUGCUGUCGUUCACAACGUCCGACGGCGAGGUCUACAUCUACCCCAACCUCAUCACGGAGCAAUUCUCUAGCUUCCUGCAGCUGCCCCGCCAGCCCGCACCGUUUAUCCACGAUCCCCUUUCAGAGAUCUCCAACAACGCCAGGAGACCAGAUGCCAACGGCAAGGCUGCCAUCCCCAGCCGGCCUCGGCGCGAUUCCCUGGGCAGUCUCGACUCCUUCCUCAACGGCGAGGACGGCUACGAUGAUGGAGACGGCUUUGUUGUUGACGAUGACGGUGCGGGCUACUCGACGGGGCAAAAGAGGCCUCUCGAUGCCGGCGGUGACGACGGCGACCGCGCAAGCAAGCGCCGCCAGCUCGCGCUCAACUUCCAUGAGGCUUUUCAACCAGGCUCAACCCCCUGGCGCGGAAAUCGCAAGUACCUCUGUCUGAACAUGAUUGGCGUCAUCUGGACGGUCGACCAGGACGGCCACAACACCGUGACGGUAGAGUUUUACGAUCACGAGUUCCACCGCGACUUCCACUUCACAGACACAUUCCUCUAUGACAAGGCCUGCCUGACAGAGCACGGCGCUCUGUUCUCGUGCCCACCGCAAGACAACACGCCCGCCACCAUCUUCUACCGCCCACACGAGACGUGGACGCAGCGGACAGACUGGCGGACUGAGUUGCCCAAGAGUGAGGCCGUAGUUGCCAUGUCGCUGAGCGAAUCCUUCAUCACAGUCACCACAACCGCCAAUUACGUGCGCAUCUUCACUCUCUUUGGAGUGCCGUACCGGGUCUAUCGACCCAAGAGCACACCCAUGGUCACUUGCGCCAGCUGGCGUGACUAUGUCAUCACAAUGGGCAACGGCCCCGUCGGCGCAGACGGCAACGCCCGCCUCCUGUACACGAUCGAGAAUAUCAAGCGGGACGAAAUCUGCCAAAACGAAGACACCGUCGCACUACCCGAUGGCGCGACGUUGCAGAGCGUCUUCUUCUCAGAUGUCGGCGAUCCUUGCAUUUAUGACUCGACAGGCACUCUGCUCACCCUGCUUCACUGGCGGAAGCCCUCGCGCGCCUGCUGGGUGCCCCUCCUUGACACAAAGCUUCUCCCGCGUUUAGCGUCGGGAAGGAAGACGGAAACCUACUGGCCCAUUGCAGUAGCUGACAAGAAGUUUCACUGUAUCAUCCUCAAGGGCGGGGACCAGUACCCCUACUUCCCGCGACCGCUACUGUCCGAGUUUGACUUCUCCGUGCCCCUCACCUCCGCUCCGGCCCCGGCUGCGGACUCGGAGGGUGCAGAGGGAGAGAACGGAGACGAGGAGGAGGACGAGGGCCGCCGCGAAUCGCGCAAACUGGAACAAAAGCUGCUGAUUUCCGGCAUCCACUCUGCCCAGCUGCGCGACCUCAUUGACCACACCGAUGCCACGCACUCUCAGAAGACGGGUCUAGCGCGGCUGGAGCUCGAGCUCGACAAGACGCUGCUACAGAUGCUGGCCAUCGAGUGUCGCGAGGGCGAGGAGCGCGGCAUGCGGGCGCUGGAGCUGGUGGGUCUGAUGCGCGAUCGGACGGGCCGUAUGGUUGAGGCGGCGGGUAAGGUUGCGGAGCGGUACGGACGGUCAAUCCUGGGCGACAAGAUCCGCGAGAUCGGAGAGCGGAGAGUCAGCGGGAUGGAUGUUGACGAUGGCGACUUUUAGACUUUUUUCGUUUUUUUGGUCAUCCAUGGCUUGGAUGGCCGCUCGGGAAGGGCACAUACUCGGGAAGGGGGCUAACCCCCGUCACUCCCCAUGUCGGGAAUUGGGUUUCAUGGUUGUUUGGAUGGGUCCUUCCCGUCAGUAUAAGGAAAGGCGUUUGGAUGAUGAUACGAUAGUGACUACUUGAUGGUCUGCGUUUGUCUUUCACCCUGCGAAAGACGCGAAAUGAAUGACUAGCUAAUACAAAGGCGAUAUCCGUACGGAUAGAGGUUCUUUUUUUGCUUUUCGGCAGUCAUCGUCGUCCAUGUCGUGUUCCUUGUAAAAUGUCUAAAAUACGGAGUCGGGACAGAAGGGUAUGAAUAAUACGAGGAAUAAGCACGUCGUGUUCUCCGCAAAGGGAGCAAGAUAUCACUGGGAAAUAGCGGACUCCUGUCCGUAUCGUCGUUUUCGUGUGUGUGUUUUUGAUGAGGAUGUGUCGCGGUUCAUCUCCCAUACGUGGAACUCUCCGGAGCACAGGCACGAGGGCGGCACCCAUGGCACCGGUCCUCGCGGACUUUCCGAGCUGAUGUUUUUUUUUACUGUGUAGGGUUAGAACGUAGUGUCGAUAUUUGACUUUGGGUCGAAUUCUUCGCCCUCCCUUCGUUGGACAUUAGGUUCUUCCAGAGAGUGCCCAUCCAGAACUUAGAAGGAGCCCCUGGGUCCCCGGCCUCGAACGGCAUAAUGUCGGACGUGAUGGGUGCAUGAGCCCAAACACUCAACCCCCCGGAUCCGAGACUCCUCCGUGUAAAGUAAAGCAGCAAAUCCGAAGACGAAAAUGGACCAAAGCGAAGACUCGACUACAACACGCACCGACCGGAACAAACAACAAGAAGGCGUCCACGUGUCUCUUGGUUGGGUUUUGGACUUCCAUCCUCGUGCUGGAAGCAAGGGUUUCUUGCGGGACCCUGGUCGAAGUAUUCGCACCACCACAACUUCAACUUCUUCUCGAUUGAGUUCAAGAUUGAAAGAUGUGUUGUCCCAAGAUAUGCCGUCUUCGUGUCAUGUUUCUCUCUCGGCAGUCCAACCGAGACGCCAUGGUCGUUCUCGGAAGACUGUGCCGAGUUCCCAGCAGCACUCUUCGUUCCCGUGUGCGCGGGGACGGUGGAGGAGGAAAAGCGGAAUGGGCGGCAAGGUGCGGCCCGAAUCCGGUACACGGUGACCAGAGCCUGGAGGUCGAUGGUGUAUCCGUCCCAUUGCCUGUUGUUUCUAGAGGCUUAGGUGUCAUGUUUGGCCACGAAGACGAUGAAAGCAAAUCAUGCUACGCAUCCAUUGACGCGUUGUGGGACAUCGUCGUUUGCUUGCAUGCAUGUUGUCGUGAUUGCGACAUGUUACCCUGUCCUAUUUGCAGAACGGCCAUACCGCAGUUAGACGUAGGCUACCCGCGGGAUCUGUCCGGUGCGAACUAGGCAAGGGGGCGGAAGGAUUAACAACCAUACCCGGAAUACGACAGGGUAAUGCAGAAAUUAGAGUUCGAGUCGAACGGGGUAGAUCUCGGUCGUGGGGUUCUUCUUUGGCUUCGGAUGUGUCGUUCCACGGAACCAGUCACCAUGCUGUGUAGAGCAGGCUCUUGGAACUAGUCCGCUCUGGGGUUCAAUGCGAUACGCAAAGGUGCACAGCGAUUUGCUUGUUAAAGAAGAAUCUCAGUAACGUGAAGAUGAGACGAAAGGCACACCAGAGCUCUGGGUUGGACAAUUCUCAAAGGGCUCCCGGAAGCCAAUUGUAUGAGUCGAACUUCUAGAAGCUUGGCGAUUCGCCGUGAGACGAGCGUCGACGUUACAUCUUCAACGUUCUUCAGACAAAAGAACGCUUACUGCAGAGAGAGUUCGCCGGACCCGGGUCGCGUUACAUCAAGAGCGGACCAUGGAGAUGGCCGGGGCCCUAGGUCACAGGUGGUGGUGUACGGAGUAGGAGAGCCAGUGCUGGGCGAGAACACUGUCGGAUCGACAACGUUGAGGUGUUCGAUCUAACAGUUGCCUGUAGCAGCCUCCAUUCUGACAUGAUGAGUGCGUGGUCCAGCAAAGUGUCCGGUAAUCACACAAGGCUGGACGGAUAGCGGUUCUGCUGAAACGUUGGGACUGCAGUUCGUUCGCUCAGGCCGCCAUCCACAAACUCGUUCGUUUGGAAAGAAGUCAAAAAGCUGGUUCAGGUGGAUGCAAAGAGCCCCCAGGAAGGAUUGG